AUGUUCAAGAAAUUCACCAGAAAAGACAUCCACUCGCGCUCCAACAUAAAGUCCUCGGCCCAACGAGGCCUCAAGCUGAAUUUCACUGCGGCAUACCCGAAACUCGAAGCAGCUAUCGAUAACUUAAUCCCCAAGAAAUCGCAAGUGAUAUUGAUCAAAUGCGAAGAUAAAAUACAGUUGUACUCCGUCAACAACGGAGACGGAUCGAAUGACGUGGUCUUGUUUCAGCAUUUCGAUGACAUCGUGCCCACUUUGAAAGUAGUGCAUCAAUACCCUGAAUGCUUCCCCCGCGUGCAAGUUGAUAGAGGAGCGAUAAAGUUCGUGCUAGGUGGUGCCAAUAUCAUGUGUCCCGGUUUGACUAGUAAAGGCGCAGCGUUGCCCGAUGAGAAUUGGGACGUGGGUACGAUUGUUGCUGUUUAUGCUGAAGACAAGGAGAAUGCGUUGGCGUUGGGGAAAUUGACGAUGAGUAUUGAUGAUAUAAAGAGCAAGAACAAGGGUGUUGGGGUAGAGUUGUUGCAUUACUUGGGAGAUGGAUUGUGGCAUCAUAAGGAGGAUUAG